AUGCCUGUACCGCAGCAAAUACGGGUAAUCGGAAAUGCAGACAAACAUUCCGAUCGAUCAGUUCUAAAGGUCUUCGAUAAAACGUUAGAUCUACACUAUGCCGUGAAAGUGUUUCACAAACACAGUCUAGUCAAACGGGGUCGGCGAUGUGUUAAACAAACCAUAGAAGAGGCUAGAAUCCUUCGUCGAGCAAUGGAGUACCUUUCCGGAGGUGAACUGUUCGACUUGUGGAAACGUGUGUUACGCGUAUCACAUCCGUUGCUACGGUUCCUUGUUUCGCAGGUUGCACUAGCUCUUGACUAUUUACAUUCGAAGUCAGUUAUACACCGUGAUCUAAAGAUGGAAAACAUGAUGCUCACUGAAACAGGUUACAUCAAGCUCAUCGACUUUGGGGCCUCAAAGCAAGUGGAACAACUUACUUCGGUUACUUGGACCAUUUGCGGAACCCUAGCCUAUGCAGCGCCGGAAAUGUUAAAUGGAACUGGGUACACGUAUCUAGUAGAUUGGUGGGCGCUUGGUAUCCUUUGUCAUGCACUUUCUUGUGGGGAGUAUCCAAUCCAACCGGUGCAAGAUCACUUGACCAUGCGUCGUAACUUGAAUGCACUUAUUUAUAAACCUCCGGAUGAUUUGGAGCCAAGUCUUGGUAAUGUCAUCUGUCAGUUGUUAGAGAAAAACCAAAAGGAACGAUUGCAUGGAUGUGAUGCGCUCCAAUGUUCUGAAUUUUUCAAAGGCCAUCUGGACUUCGAUGCUGUCGAGAAACAACAAUAUGAUCCUGGGAUUUUCUUCACCGAUGAUGAUGUCGUUAAACUACCUGAAUGUUCACUGAAACGACAGAUUCAGGCUAUCAAACGUCGAUCCUCGCACAGGAGUGCUAAUGGUACGAAGCAACCCGACCGCCGACAAUGUAAUAAAUCGCAGAGGAGAAAUUCGAUUAUCAGGGUUUCUGACCCAUCAGGUGGAGUCCAUAUGGACUCAGUAUCCAGGCCAUCUGAAUCUACUCACGCCCCGUCUGACUCAUCCUUCCAAUUCAGGUCCAACUCGAAGGUAGUUAUGAGUGGAACGGAAUCGGUGAAUACGAAUGCACCUGAAGCCAUUUGCCACACUGUUAAUGAUCCAUCAAUGAGGAAAGAUGCGUCGAUUCGGGUUGUUAGGAUACCUACAGCUAAAGUUUUGCCACAGCAGUGGGAUUGUGCACGCAAUUUAACCCGACCGAUCCAACAUACGCCUGAUCUUGCUUCAUCUGAUAGUGCUUCACUAACCAGCCAGAGAAUACGUUCUGUUCUGGAUGUCUCUAAACAACGGCAUUCUUACACCCAUUCGGUCACUGAUCUGAAGUCCGUGGAAUCGCCUUUCAAAUCAAGGAGUCGGACAGACGUGCGAUUUAUGAGUGAUCGCCAACGUAGAAUGUCUAUUUCCGGAUCGCGCCCUGUGAAAAUAGUUCAUCUGCUCAGACGUGGCGAAUCCCUACGUGGUUUAUCUCGUUUGUCAGUUGCAUCCCAAGCGGUUCGUCAAAAGCGACCUUCGCUUUAUCAAAUUGUUCGAGAAUUGCCGGUAGAUGGACCACAGUUCAGAGGGUUACCGGUUCAGUCUGUUGUUGAUUCCGCUCCUCGUCCAAAACUCACUACCGACCGCAUAAUCAUCUGGCGACCUGGUUAGGUGUGUCGAUAUAUCUGUCUUUCAAACAUCAUAAUGUGUUUUGAAGAUGAUGAAUCCUUACGGAAUAAGUGAUUGGCACACUCAAAUAUCGUGGAGCUUAUUUUCCUUUUUAAUUCUUGACUUGCGACCAUUAAAGUUGUCCAAGAUUAUGCUGAUUUUGAUGCAUGUAUAUUCAACUGUUUAUGAAUAACUUCAUACCUCCAGACCAUUCUGAUUUGUUUUUCUGCUCUGUUUUCUUUUGAACAUACAUACUUCACGUUUUUCGCUAAUCUGCUGUUUUCUGCAAUUUCAU